AUGGACAUGUCAGAUGGUAUGACCAUGGGUGGUGCACCAUCAGAUGGCUCAGCACUGAAUGAGAAUAUGACGCAAGCUGCUGAUUUUUUGGGAGAAAUAUUGGAUGAUUCUAUUUUUCAGAUAGAAGGGAAUGUUGCUGCGAGACAUUUCUGGUAUGGAGUCUGUGCGGUGAUCGCUACAGCUGCUUUCCUCAACUUUGCACAGAAAGCUACCACAUUUACUAGCCCAAUCGGACUAAUCAGUGGUAUCUCAUACGAGAGAUUGAAUGUUGUCCAUCGAUGGACUUCCAGGGUCCUUUUGUUUCUUGUCACUCUUCAUGUGAUUUUCCUUCAUUUGGCUUGGAACGCAUACGACCUAGGACAUUUGGAAUAUUCUACUGACUCAUGUGUUCCAACCGGUUGGGGAGCAUAUGCGGUUCUGAUAUGGAUGAACAUCAGCACUUGUGCGCCUAUUAGAAAUUUCUCCUAUGAGUUUUUCGUGGUCCAGCACAUCAUCACUUUCUUAGGAUUCAUCAUUGCCGUUAUGAUUCAUCUUCCUGACACAGCUCUAUACUCCAGAGUUUACAUUUAUAUCCCGAUCGCAUUGUACAUAAUCGAUAGGAUGAUCCGCACCGGAAGAUAUGCUUGGAACAACAUUCAUACGCCAACAGCAACAUUGACAGUUUUAGAGGGUGGUGUUACUCGAGUUUGCAUCGAAAGCAAAACUGUCAAGAACUGGACGCCUGGUUCUCACGUUCUCCUCUCAAUACCUCAACUUGGACUUCUCCAAUCUCAUCCGGCGACAAUUGCUUCCACGCCUUCAUCGCACGAAGGCAAGCUUGUAUUCCUACUUAAAGGACACAAAGGAUUCACAGGUCGCCUAUUGUACGCAGCAGAAUUUUCACCAGCAUCAAAUUCAUCAUGGAAAGCCCGUAUUGAUGGGCCAUAUGGUAAAACUGUCGACUAUGCUGCUUUCGAUACUGUUCUUCUUAUCUCAGGCUCAACCGGUACAACUUAUACACUCCCAAUCCUUCUUGAUAUCGCAUCUCGUGCACAAAGCGCCCGAUUACCAGUCCAGCGAAUAGUUCUUGGUCCUUGUUGCUGUAUAUCUGUUGAUUCUGAUACGGAUGACGAUGGGAUUACAUCCAUUGAUGAGAAAGGUAACAAGGUCACCUCCAAACCAAAAACCACCAGCGCAUCAAGUAUCACUUCAGGAACUCGAUCAUCGAUUCUACCAUGUGCGGUGUUUCAUAGCGGAAGACCUGAUUUCCAUCCUCUUUUAGGCGAGCUAUUGGAGAAAGCCGAGGGGGAAACUGGGAUUGCGGUUUGUGGGCCUCUUGGGCUGAGUAGUAGUGUGAGGACUACGGUGGCGAGAUUUAGUAAUGAUAGGGCGGUUCAUAAGGGGACGGGAGCUCAGGGGAUUUAUUUACAUGCCGAGGGUUUUGGGUGGUAG